GAUGGUUACAUGGUUUCCUCAGGUCAGCCAACCAAGGAAUACAUUGAUGCUGCAGUUAGGCAUGUUCUUCUUAGACAGGGUGUGCUAGGACUCAAGAAGAUUGUUUACAUCGCACCUGCUCAGGUUGUUGCUCCUACUGCUCUUGUACCGGAAGCCCCAUUAACAACUACAGAUUAUCCCGCAAUGCCAGUUGCUUAGAGAGCCUUUUCGUUUCUGGUUUAAAACCUAAUGGGGAUGGUUCUUUUUUUGGGACAGUACUAGUUUUCUCAUGUUAUUUUAAGAUAAUACUUUUUAAGUUCUGGUGGUUGAAUUACAAAUCAAGGAUAUGGGUGUAU